AAUGUUACGUUUCAUGAUGGGGUGUGGGGAAGAUGAGGUCAAAACCACAUUCCGUGAAGACAAACUUAAUCCAAUUAACUUCUCCUGUAAAACCUCUGUUUCCACAGGCGUAAAAGCUUUUUCUUCAUCUUAUCGUCGUUUCUUUGUCAAAACUCAAAUCCUUAUCUGUUUCUUUCGGGGGCCUCUUGUUUUUUUGGGUUUUCGGUGUGUGCAAGCUUAAGUCUGGUUGGUAGAAUUCCAGGGAUCAUCAGCUUUCAUUUCUACCUCUUCUUGAAGGGAACGUAUCUUGAUGGAUGAUGGUCCGCCUAACAUAAAGGUGUUUCCGGAUCAAUUUCAAGUUUCAACUACUCAAAGCAAUAAUCCAUCUACUUCACAGCAAGGAACUGAUAAUUCUUUGAGGGUAGGUCCUAUAGCCGAUUUUGGACUCAAAGAAAAUUGGGAGGUGCGGGAUUCAUUAUGAAUUUGUUUAGUUUACCUAGGCUGCCUUGGAUUUCUGGCAGUGAUCGCCAAGAGAAGGUGCAGUUGACAGCUACUGAGUUGGAAUCACUUCGGUCAGAACUAGCUGAUUUAGAAGAGAGAGCAGCUCACCUGAAAGCUCAGUUGGAACAUAUUGAUGAAAUCUUACGGUCUGCUCGUCUUUCUGGCUACUUGUAUAUCCGAACUAGGUGGGCAGCUCUACCAGGAGAACCUCCCCCUAUCGAUGAUACUGAGGUUGAUGAUUGGAUUCCUCGAUUUGUUGUCCUUCAUGGCAUAUGUGUCUUCUUCUUUCUCAUAUCAACAGAUUUUAGCCCUCAAGACUCCGCGCUUCUGUCUGAUAUUGUUGAGGUAGGUUCACUGCCUAGCUUUACAAGAGAAGAUGAAGGAACAAGAUAUUGCUUUUACAUCAUGACACGCCAAGGAUUGCGAUAUGAAUGCUCACACAUUUCUAAAGUACAGGUGGACUCAUGGUUAUCAGCUUUGCAAAGUGACUGCAACUUGAGUUCCGAUGUAGAAGUUCGUAAUGGUCCUUCUGUAGAAAAGUAGAGUCAUUCCCACAAUUAUAACAUCAACUUGUAAAUAGGGUCAAAGUUUAACUUACACACCGUAGUGUCAGUUUAGAUCAAAUUAGACUUUGAAAUUGCUAACAUAUUCGUUGUGUAUGCACAUAGAAUGUCAUUUUAAACAAUUCCAGUCAUGAUUCUUUUGAGCAAGUAAAUCAACACAAUGGACUCCA